GAGGGACUUGCAGUCAAGUUGAUAGUUCACUUUUUUUCCCCCCUCUUUUUUUAAGGCGCUCAUACCACGCAGGGCGCAUGUCACAGUAGCGCAUAUUUUUGUUUCCAAAAGUAGAUCUCUCUUUUUUUUUUUAAUGCAAAUAUGCGUGCGGGAGACGCACUGCGAUGGACGCUUUUCACGCUCUUAUGCAACUUUUUCACGCAUGCCUUUCCUCCACCACCUUCUUAUGAUCCUUUCCACAGCGGAGUGGUGCACAGACAUCGAAACAGGAACUGGUGCGCCUACGUGGUGCACAAGAACGUCAGCUGCGCCGUGCAGGGCAGUGUGGAGAGCUUCCAGGAGCCUGUGGUGGCCCCUUGCCCACCCUUCAUGACAAACUGCCCCCAUCAAGUGACAUACAAAACCCAGUUCCGACCCACGUACAAGAUUGCCCAGAAGAAAGUGUCGGAGUUGGAGUGGCGCUGCUGUCCGGGCUACCAAGGACCCGGCUGUGGAGAUUUAAAAGCCACUCCAGAACGUCAGAUAGUGCAAGAAAUGCAUGUACAGCAUGGCCCGGCAAGUACUGGAUAUUCAAACAGACACAUACAGAGGCCAGAGCGCAGGGAGACGGGUCACCAUGAGACCAGCGACAAGGUGCACCUUCUGGAAGGUGAAGUUCAUCGCCUCUCCCAGACAGUCCUGGACCUGCAGUCUGUUUUGAAAGGCUUCACGGUCAAUCUACGCGCUGACCUGCAGGAGGACACCAAGAACAUGUUGAUCACGCUCUUCAACAACAUGCAGCCUCCCGACAGCGCGGUGGUCCCGGGACCCGAGGAGAGUCCGGCCGUGCUGGAUGGCCACCAGGCGUCCAGAGGCGGGAUCGCCGGAGACAAGGUCUUGGAAAAAAUUGAAGGCCGCUUAGAUGAUCUCAACGUUGCGCUCAAAAGCAAGGAGGAGUUGCUGGAAGACCUGCGAGGGACCGUCACAAGUCACGAGGGGCAGAUUCGGGUCCUGAUGGAUGCCUCGCAAUCGCAGACUCCGGCCAUGAUGGAGCUUGAUCUUGUGCAGAGCUACAUCGAUGGCAAAGUGGAAAAGCUGAAGAACGAACUGGACCUGACCAUGAAGGAACACUUGGACAAGAUCCAAGCGGCCUGCAGUAGCAAAAUCCAGACCUUGCAGAAGACCUGCGAGGACAGUCGCGACCAAGGUUUGGAAAGCCUCGCCAAAGUGGUGGACAACAAAGAGGCCGACCUCAGGAAGGAGAUCCGGGCUCUGCGGGUGGACAUGGCCGCUGCGGAUGGGCCAUCGCGAACCCAGCGGCAGACGGACCCGGCUAAGACUCAGGAGGACCGUAGCGACCGCAAAGACUUGUGGCUCGAAAUCGAACGUAUCACGGAGGCUUACCGCAUCUUAAACGUUCGCAUCGACAACGAGCUGAUACACCUGUCCGAGCCCCGGGAGGACAACGACGACUUCCUCCCGUUGAUUGAAGAAUUGGAGGCCCGCUUAAACGUCAGCGAACAAAAUGCAGAAACUCACUGCUUCUACAUCGAAGAGAAGCUGACGCGGAUCAUCACAGAAGAAGUGGCGUCGCUAAGGCAAGUUCUGGACGAGCGUCUCAACAGCAUGGAGGACCAGUUCACCAGCAUGCUGGUGGAAAUGAGCAACAACUCCUUCUCGGGGGGGUUCGGAGACUCCACGGAUACCGUACAGGCGCAAGUCAACAACAACAAAUUCCUCCUUCAGGGUCUGGACGACAAGAUCAACGCCGUUGGAGAAUUGUGCUCGGCAGGCUGCUCUAGCUCAGAAACCAGCGUCGCUGAAGGAAGUCCCUCGCCCUCAUCUAAGGGACUGGAUAUCAUUUGGAAGGAUCUGGGUCGCUACAGGAAAGACUUGGACGCUCUUCGUACCGAUGUGGGCGCAAAUACCGACAAGCUCCAGCAGUUGCUAGAAAGAGAAUCGGCCAGGAACCAGAAACGUUCCGAGAAUAUGGACGACUUCCAGAAGGAACUGAUUAACAUUCAAGAUAACGCUGUGGGCCUGGCCGGUGCCGUCACCGGACUGAGUGAUUCCUUGAGCAGGUACAACCAGGACAUGGUUCAAAUCAACGCAACAUGCUGCCGGGCGGAGCGAAGUGACCCGGGGAGGUCGGUGCUCGCCGCUCAGCCUGACGCCAGCGGCGGCCACAUGGAGGAACUGAGGAACCAAGUGGACGCACUCGCCAAGCAGGUGUUGACCGAUCGGAGUCGGUGCGAACGCGUGGAAGGACGGGUGGAUGCUCUGGAGAAGGCGUGCCUCAGGAUAGACAGCGACCUGAAAGCCGACCUGGCGAGAAUGAACACAACCUGCGGACGUCACGGCGCCGACAUCGGCGAAGUGCACAACGCCUUGCGACGCUUCCAGGCCCAGCUGUCCGCCAUGGCCAGACAGGUCUCGAAAGAUGUCGCUGCCAAGGAUCCAGGAGUCCUCCUCAGACCCGAGCCGCCGGCAUCCCCGCCGGACCCUGGCAGAGGCCGGGUUCACCAAAUCCACAUCCCCCUCAUCAUCCCCCCACCCAGGCAGCCCAACACGCACGUGGUGAGGCCGCCCCCGCCGAGUCGGCCCGCCGCCCCGCAGUGGCCCGGGAGCCACGGCGUCCCCGUGGUGCCCCGCAGGCCCGUGGUGGAGACGGGCGAGGCCGGACCCCCGGGGUACAUGCGCAGGGUCACGGUGAGGAGGGGAUCCGAGGACUCGGCAAGGCCGCAUCUUACCGGAUUCGCUGGAGCGCCAGGCUAUCCUCCUUUGCAGCCGGUAUCGCUCAAGCCUGAGAGAAGCAGCCACACAGGUCCCCUUGCAGCUAAAGUACCCUGGAACCCGUUCGACCAAGCUUCACUCGAAUCACGUGGCGUUCUAGUAGAGCGCGCCGCCGUGGCCGAUCCUUUCUCCUUCUCGGCCGGGCUCACUCUCCAGCCUUUCUCUGGCGAGUUUGGCAUCAUCCGCUUCGACAAGGUUCUGCUCAACGACGGGGGCCACUACAGUCCCCGCACAGGACUGUUCACAGUCCCGCAAGAUGGCCGCUACCUGAUCUCAGGGCUUCUGACGGCGCAGCACGGCGAGUCGGUGGAGGCGGUCCUGUCCGUCUCCCAGCGCAGCAUCCAGAGGUUGCGCAGCUCGGGGGCAGCCGGUCGGGACGCGUGCGCUUGCGGCGGUUCCGUCUCCUUCAGCCUCGUGGUGCCUCUGAAGCGAGGCGAUCGCGUGGGUCUGCUGAGGACGUCGGGCCGGCUGGCCACCACCGAGGCCCGGGAGGUGCUCUCCACCUUCGGCGCCCUUUUCCUGUACGGCCCUCCGGCCCAGCGCAGAUAGCUGAAGCUCAAAGACUGCAAUGUGAACUGUGUGCAUACAAAGGAACAAACAUCAUCUAAUAUAUUUGACAAUCUUUGUACCGCCCAUUGUGAAUGCGGAAAGGUCUUCAUAAUUUAACGCUCGUAAUCUGUGACGUGACAGUAAUAAAUGGUCGAUUAUGAA